AUGUCUAAACGACCGUCUGACAUCGUCGUCACCGACCUGCCCUUCCACCACGGCCCUACCUCCAAGAGGGCCAGGCAGACCGAGUACGACCACCAACUGCAGCAACUGCCACCUCAGCCGGCCGCUUACAUGCCCGCGGCACUACCCUACGACUACUCCUACGUCACCUCUCCCUCUUCCGACUACGGCUACACUGCCUCCCCGUCUGCCUCUUCGGACAUAUCCUCCAUCGACUUUGCGCACGCGACGGCACCGUAUGCCGGGGCCUCGCCGGCCGCCUCUUCGGCAGGCGACUUUGCGGCGCCGUACCCCGGCGCGGCUGCGCCCGCUCCCGCCGCCACUUUCAACACAAACAUGAACACACAAAACAACACUGCUGGGGCCUUUGCGCUGCCGUCAUCAUCGAUGUCGUCUGCGUAUGCAGCUAUCCCGCCGCAGGAGCAGUGCCCGUCUUAUACCCAAGCCGACAUCGACUCGUGUUUCGACGACGACUUCGACCUCGAAGUCGAGAUCAACACCGCCAUGGGCCUGCGCAUGCGGCCCCGGCCAACGGAAUCCCCGCCGGCGAGCGCGCUGCCGGCCGACGCGCCAGGUGCCGGGCCGUGGCCAUCCCACGUGUCCCUGCCGCUCACCUUCGGCAUGCAGGUAGAGGGCAUCCCUGGAGGACCCAACUAUGCAGGCCAGUACCCCGCCAACGGACCGUGGGCUUAUACCAUGUAA